GGUCCUUCUCAGUGGUCCAAGCACCACCUCCACGGUGGAGACCUGAUCUCUGGGAGAAGGACAGAGUUUGGCAUACCAGCCAGGACCCAGAUCAGUGAUCACUGGUGCCAUGGGAACAAGCAGGUCCAGCAGGUACAGCAUUGUGUCAGCCUUUUUGCCAGAGGAGGAACGCCAGAAGAUCUCUACCUUAGGACUCCAUAACGGCCACGGUUCCCCCAGCGUCCGACUGCACUCGGCCUGCGACACAGAGACAGAAGACAGUAGGAGGAGGUCGGGAUCCUCUGCUGCUGCGCACAGCACAAGUGGACAAGGAGGGAUGAACAACUACAAUGGGAAGAUUCUGACAAGGGGCUCCGGCCAAGUACGGAGCCGGUUUGUAAAGAAAAAUGGACAAUGUAAUGUUUUAUUCACCAACAUGGAGGAAAAGAGGCAGCGGUACCUAGCUGACAUCUUCACCACCUGUGUGGACAUCCGCUGGAGAUACCUGCUGCUUAUAUUCUGCAUCAGCUUCAUGGUCUCAUGGCUUUUCUUUGGCAUUAUCUUCUACAGUGUCUCCCUGGCACAUGGGGACUUUGAGGAGCUACCUACGCUGAAGGGUGAUGGGUUGGUGGUUGGGGGGCUGUAUGGACCCACCUCUGGACACACAGGUGGAGGGCAGACGCAAAGGAUGCCCUGCAUUCUUCAUGUCCAGGGUUUUGUUGGGGCGCUGUUGUUCUCCAUGGAGACCCAGACCACCAUUGGUUAUGGCUGGCGCUGCGUUACUGAGGAGUGCCCUGUCACUGUGAUAACAGUGGUUAUCCAGUCCAUUGUGGGAUGCAUCAUUGACUCUUUCAUGAUUGGCACCAUCAUGGCCAAGAUGGCGCGGCCUAAGAAGAGAAACCAGACCCUUGUGUUCUCCAAAAAUGCUGUCAUUGCCCUGCGUGACGGCAAGUUGUGCCUCAUGUGGAGGGUGGGAAACCUGCGGAAGAGCCACAUUGUGGAGGCUCAUGUGCGCGCUCAGCUGAUACGUUCAUAUGUCACAGCUGAGGGUGAGUUUCUCCCCUUGGAGCAGAUGGACCUGAAUGUGGGCUAUGAUGAGGGCACAGACAGGCUGUUUCUAGUAUCCCCGCUGGUUAUAGUCCAUGAGAUAGACAAAGAUAGCCCCUUGUAUACUUUAAGCCGAGCUGAUCUGGAGACAGAUGACUUUGAGGUUGUUGUGAUCUUGGAGGGGAUGGUGGAGGCCACGGCUAUGACCACCCAGUUCCGUAGCUCCUACCUUGCCAGAGAGAUCUUUUGGGGUCACAGGUUUGAGCCUGUGAUCUAUGAGGACCGAGACCGCUACAAGGUAGACUAUGGUCGCUUCAACAAGACCUAUGAGGUGCCGUCAACUCCCCACCUCAGCGCCAAAGAGCUUGAUGAGGCUGCAAGCCGGGCUUCAUCUGCCGCUUCUCCCACAUGUAGAACCACACAAGACUUAAUUCCCAGGUCGCUGAGCGCCUUUUGUUAUGAGAACGAGGUAGCAUUGAGCUGUGGGGAGGAAGACGAUGACAUCUUCGACUCCUCCCAGAUUGUAGGAAAAGAGAGGGCAGAGGAGAGGAGGACUUCCGUUGCUGUAGACUUCCAAAAUAUGUUCCAGGACACUGCCACCAUGACAUCCGGCAGUCACAACGUCAUGUGUGUUCUGGACAUGGACAAUAACCAGAUGGAGUUUGACAUUCUACAGACUGCCAUACCUCUUGAUCCUGUGACCUAUAAGAGUGAGCAAGAUAUCUAAAGAGUGCAGGGAGUGUGGAUAGUCCUGUGUUCCUCUUUAUUCAGCAAUCCUUUUAACUUUAUCUACAGUUGGACCUGAAAAUGUCUUGGUGAUGUUUUGGACUGCAUGUACAGAAAUGUGAACCCCCUUUGCCUUGCCAGUGUUGUUUUAUAUUUAUAUGUGUUUGUUUCUUUCCAAUGGGAUCAGAGAUUAAGAAAAAGAAGACAUUGUUUUCUUUAAUAACUUCUGGCACAUGUAACUGCAUUAUUUGAAGAGCCAUAAUGAUCAACCAGCGUGAUUCUGCAGGAGGACUAAGAAUCUCUGACAAAACAUUGACGAGUUUUGGCUACAUUUUAUUAUGAUUUCAUAACCAAAGGAAAGCACAAUAACAGAACAAAUCCAGAAAUGUUUUAGGCUGCAUUUUGAAUUGUGAAAAAUGUAACUUUAUUAAAGAAUUUCCUUUUUAUCUGUGAACAAGAGAUUUUAUGAACGCAAUAGCAGUUUUGGUGUAAUUCUCUUCCUUUUUGAAGAGGAUUGAAAUCAAGGGUUACACAGUCAAGAUUUUUAUCAAAGUUGAUUUAUGCUUGAUAAUCUCCAUGUUGUUCAUGGACUUCAGUGGUCACCUUGCCUGCAAUAGUUCCCUCCAAAGUCUGCUAUUUGCACUAUUGUGAGACUUUUCUUAAAUAUUUUCCUGUCAAAAGAAAAAUCUCCCUUAAUUUGGGGGUUUUAGUAUUCAUUAGUGAAGAGUGUACCAACUACCAAGACCAUUCCAAGUGCAAUCACUGGUGU